CGCAAGGAAAGUUGUGCCGUCUGAUCCAGUCUGGUCUGCCGGAGUUUACCCAUUCAGUAGUCGGACCUCUACGGAUUUAGCCCAGCGAUGCACAUCAUCUAGGAUACAAGCAGAAAGUGAGCAUGAACACACUGUCUGUCUAACAGCUGAUGGUGGCUCGUGGAAAGAUCGCUUCUUGUAACGUGUCUCCUUACAUCCAGGACUGCAUGCCUCUGGAUGAAUUCCAUCCAUUUAUUGAGGCUUUGCUGCCUCAUGUGAAGGCCUUUUCCUACACAUGGUUUAAUCUGCAAGCCGCUAAACGCAAAUACUUCAAAAAACAUGAAAAACGAAUGUCGACGGAAGAAGAAAAGAGGUGUAAGGAAGAGCUCCAGAAUGAACGGUCAGAGGUGAAACAGAAGUGGGCCUCUCGUCUGUUAGGCAAAUUGAGGAAAGAUGUAGCUCAGGAAUGCCGAGAAGACUUUGUUCUGGGCAUUACGGGGAAGAAGUGGCCAACGUGCGUUUUAAGUAACCCGGAUCAAAAAGGCAAAAUGCGAAGAAUUGACUGCCUAAGACAAGCUGACAAGGUGUGGCGGUUGGACUUGGUUAUGGUGAUCCUGUUCAAAGCUAUUCCCUUGGAAAGCACAGACGGGGAACGUCUAGAAAAGUCACCCGAGUGCCUGCAUCCUAGCCUUUGUGUCAACCCGUUCCACAUAAAUGUGUCCGUCCGAGAACUCGACCUCUAUCUGGCCAACUUUAUAUUCAGUCAAGACUCCCUACGAGGUUACAGUGAGCCAGGAUGUGAUAAAGAAGAUGAAAGAGAUAUGUGUAGGAACACAGUUAGAACAACGGGUGUUUUUACGUCCCUUGAGUUACAUACGCUAUCCAAAGGCUCCAUUUUACAACCUACUAAUGGAAGUCAACCGCCUAUAAAUAUGAUUAAAAUGGAGUCCCCCUCCUACUACUACAAUAGUUAUUCUUCCAUAGUAGACUACAGAGGAAUGGGUCCUCCUCUAGGGAAUCAUCCACCAGAGGAAGGAUUGUCUGGACCUCCUCCUCCCCAUCAGCCUCCUAGUCCAUCCAUGGAGCCACGUAACAAGCGUCUCCGCCGGAUAUCUGCAAACGAUGGCGACAUGAACAAGGUGGCUGAAGCUAGUGGUUACUACUGCCACAAUUCUGCAGACCUCUCCAGCCAUUCUACAUGGGGAAGUGAAACAGAUCUGAGCAGAAUUCACAUUGUUCGAACUGGAAACCCUCCUACUCUUAACUCCCCACAUUUGUCUCACCCCGGGAAAAUCAAACAUGGGGUUUCCAGCAGCUUUGUUCCUGUCGGUGGAGGGCCACUCAGUCCUCACACUCCUCCAAGAGAAGUUGUAAUUCUAUCAAACGAGUCUUCCAGGGCCCUAAAAGGAGCUGUGUCCCCCCCGAUAAGGGAAAAUUUUACUCAUCAUCAAGGGACAGUUAACUUAGUAUCCUCACCAUCAACCAGUCUGGGAAGCUCCCUACCCGCUUCUGGUUCUUAUUACCUUGGGUCAAGCCUCGGGAAAUAUCAAGAAAAUGGAGACACUCUAUCAGAUUUUGUUAAUCUCGUGUGUCAAGAAUCUCAAGGUGGUGGGCAUCAACUGAAUACCGAUUCAGGUGUUCGCACCCCAUCGAAACUACCCAACUUUUACAACAAUCCCAUGUUUCCCCCACCACCUCCAGGACCGAAAGCAAGACCUGUGACAAUUGUCAAGAUAACAGAUUUGUGUUCAUCAACUCCAAGUCCACCUAUACAUACUAAUGCUGGUACAAGAAAUGGUGGUACACCCGGUCCUAACACCCCAGGUACAAUUAUCACUGGAAGAGAGAAUAGGGAACAAGCUAUGUCUUCCCCAGGAGCUACGGGGCAUAUGUUGUCUAGUGGACAUGACAUGCCGUUGGUUAGCCGUCCAGUGAUUUCUACUUCUUUUGGGAGAACUGACCAUGGAUUUUCGCCCUUUCACUCACAGUCUCAGCUAUUAUCAUAUUCAAAUAUCAAUCCAAGCGGUGGAAUGAGUGGAGUUAUUAACUCUACCAGCAUUGGCAUGUUUACUUCGUCAAUGACAAAUUCUCGCAGCACUUCACGAGCCACAACAGCUUCUCGUUGGAACCCUCCGUUCAUCACUCUUGACGAGAAUAUCGACUACAAUAUGAUGGCAGGCUUGCUAACACCUUCUGAUGGAGAACAUUCACAUAUGCUAGGAUCAGAAGAGAGAUUCUUUUCCCCGGUACAAAGUAAUGAGCCUCUUGACGGUUCGAACAGCGACUCCUCCGCACCAACAAAGGCACAUCCAUCAUAAGCGACACAUUCACCACAUUAAAGAUGGUCGAAAGAUUUAACAGUAAGUUAUUGGAGCUGCAACGAAAGCCCGCAUGACCAAUGUCAGCUUACAGCAAAUAUACCCUCUUACUAGAUAAAGGUGAGGUAUCGCUGUCGUUUCUGAUGAUGUUAUUUUAUGAUCGUAAUGAUGUGGUGAAGAAUGCUAUUCUUAUGCUGUUCUUCAAUGAUUUGUUGGACAGCGUUACAUGGAAGGCUAGAGAAUUGUUUGUUAGCUUUCAUGGUAAGAACUACCUCUGAAUUGUACACGUUUGAAUUAAGGCAGGAUGUUUUACAAUGUUUUUUCAUAUAGAGAUGCUAUUAUAUACUAGCACAUUUAUAGUGAUAACUUACUUUCAUAUAUAAUUUAGCAGAAACAUUUGAAGGCUAUAAGCAUUUCAUUUAUAUUGCUACCAUCAUCGUUGUAUUUUACGCCAAAAAUCACAAGAAUGUUAGAAUGAUAUAGUAUGUUUGUAAACUGUGAUCACAGGUAGCGAAACUGAUUAUUAUAUAAGCAUAUAUAUAUAUUUGAAACAUCUAUAAUAUCAACAUCUAUCUUUUUUUCUCUGUCCAUAAUAACAGAAGUUUCUUGUUUUUGUCACAGCACAACGGUCAGAAUUGGUUUGGUACUAGUAUGAAAUUACUAAAGCAACUUGGAAACUAGCACAAUAAUAUAUAUAUAUAUAUAUAUAUUAAAAUUGUAAUUGUAACUUACACAAGUUAUGAAAUAUUCCAGGAAAAUCAUUUCAUUAUUUCAUUAGAAAACUUGAUGCGUUGUGUCAAACUUAAUCUCGGAAUUCUAAAAUAACGCCUAUACUACUGCUUUUAUUAAACAUACCGAUCUUAUGUUCAUGUAAGUGUACUUAUGAUAAAGUUCAUAGUUAACGAAAGCGUGUGUAGUAGUAUGUCUGGUACUUGGAGAAAUAAUGUUUUCAUUCCUAGUUUGGUCAGUUUAAUCCAAGACAAGAUAUUCUAAGUUAAAUGCAGCCCAAUUAAAAAGUAUUAACUGGAAAUCAAAUUAGUAUCAACUAUUUCAGAUUCGAUCAGGUUUAGAAAUUUUAAGUCAAGCUUUAUCAUAUACAUAUAUGUAUUAUUUUAGUCAUAUAUUUCUUGCUUUGCGUAUACACUAAACAAUCAAUUAACGUGUCUCUAUUUGGUAUAUGGAAAAUAACAAGUUAAUUUGGGCGAAACUGAAAGCACCUUUUCCGUUAACUAGACCCAGGUACUAACUCCAAAAACGUCUGAAAGAUAUUAGUAUGAAUAUCUACCCGAUUUGUAAAGAGUUCGAAUUUAGCUUGGCGUGUCUUAUUUGUACUGUAGUUAAAUAUUGAACGAAGUCUCAUCAAGGAGAAUUCACUAUAAUGUGAAUAUUGAUAACACUUAUAUAACAAUUUAUUCAUUAUUUUGAUCAUAAACUAAUUAGUUAUUUCAAUAUUUCCCAAUAUUAAGGUUAAAAUAGAUGUAACUUUACAGGAAUAACAUUUAUAUAAUUACUGACUCAGUGUUCCCUCUUUUUCUGUAGUUUUAUGUUUUGGCUUAUAGCCAAUCCUGAUUGAAAAUGAAGUGUAACUAAAGAUAUCAUUGAGAUCAAAUCAUGGCGGCUCAUAAAAACAUUAGCGACUUAAGUAUGUUUGCAUCAUUGUUCACGUAAAGCUAUAUCAUAAAAAAAGUAUUAUGAUACAUCAUUACAAAUUUCUCUUAUCCUAGAUGCCUCAUUAAGAAAGAUUUAUUUCAUCAAAGAAUACACCUUGUUUCUUUCUUAGUAACUGUAUUUCGGUUACAUGCUUAUUCAAAGCUAGGCUCAGCGAUUAAGGACUUUUAACUCCAGUUGUUUUCUUUGCUGAAAAAAAUGAAAUGUUAUAUAAUAAAAUGUGGUAAUACCAAGAAGCUUUUCAUAAGCUAGAAAUCUUGUGUUUGUAUAAAAAAAAGUACAUUAUGCUUUGUUUUUGUUUUUAUGUAUUCAUAUUAUAUAAUUUUUGGAUUAUGAUUGUGAAAUUGAGACGGAGCUGUGAUAUUGUUGAGCAUUACAUUUACAAAAAGGUCUUGCUUAUAUAUAUUCUAUACAAUAUAGCACAUAGAAGAAAAAAAAGAAAUCUUUUUGAAAAUGUUUACCCGGUGCAACAGAUUUGUUGAGUUGCAGAUUUUUUUAAAUCGAUUUGUUAUGUGAUUUAUUCAAACACACUGCUAAUAAUCGAUCACACGUGGUCGUGUACCAAAGAGAGAGAGAAAUAUAGUUUUUGUCAUCACCUGUAAUGUGUUUCUUGUAUAUUAAGUAGCUAUUCUCAAAAUAAUAGAAAUUGAUUCUAGUAUUGAAUAAUAUAAAAAAAUAUUUGUUUUAAAAAUAGGAUGAAGACAUUACAUUUCCGUACUAUAAAUAUUUAGGACCUCUAUUUACAAAAACAAGAAUUGAUAUAACGGCCAUGGGACAAAAUGUAAUUAGUAGGUAGGAUGGUUAGUUAUAUUUUUGCUGUAAAAUUUAAAACAAAUAGUGAUAUAUAAAAGAUCAUAAAAUGUAUAGCAAAAGUCAGCAACAUUUUGAAACACUAAGGAAAUCAUCGAAUUGUUUGUGAUAGAUAUACAACAUAUAUUUAUUCGAAAUCAGUAGUAUCUUUCUAUUUCCAUAACAACACUUCUACAAAAACGCAGAUAAUACCUAAUUAACACAUAUUUCAGGUGUUACAUAUACUCGUCAGUCUUUUAUUGAAAGCUUCAUGUAGAGAUUUUAACAAUAGCAUAGAAAUGGAGAUAUAUAUAUAUAUAUAUUUCCUAGUUUUGAAGACUCAAAGCAGAAAUACUUCUCGAGUAAAUCUAAAUACACGUGUAUAUAAAAAAGUAAUGUAUAGCAAGGAUACUUUACUGCAAGAUUAACUGAGAAGAAAUAUUUAGUUCUUAGGCUUAAUUGAAGUAGAUUGUAUUAUCGGUCUUAGAAUAAACAAAACUGAAGUCUUUUUGACUGGUGUAGUUAUUGUCAUUUUUUUCAAAGUAGAUUUUUACUCGGGUGUGAUAUUAAAUUUAUGUUAUUUUCUUUGUUACAUUAAAUUUAAUAAAGAUUUAAUAUAUUAGUCUGGUUAAGUGAAAUUACUCUGUUAACUUAAACUAACGACUCAAAGUAUAGAAACCACCUAAUGAACCGAUAUUAAACUAUAUAUCCUAGGUGUUAUUAUUAAGACAUGAGACAGAUGUUCCCUGCAAAUUUUUCUCUUUCUCUUGUAAUUCUGGUCUAGAUAAUCCUAUGCAAAAAUGUGAACAUAAAUAAAACAUAUUUGGAGUAAAACUGUUUUAUUUAUGAUAAUACUCGUAACAGUUGGAACACUGUAAAAGUGGACAAAGAAAUGAGUCAUUUUAAAACUGUGUGCCCUUAAGUAGAGUGAUAAAAAGAUGCGAACUUGUAUUAUUGAACAACGAUGAAUAUUUAUCACAAGCUCUACGAAUAUUUCUGAAAGUUAAUGGAGGAUUGCUAGUCACAAAGGUUUUGUGAUGAGAUUUUUAUUUGAUUUGUACUAUUAACGAAAACUUAAGGCGUUAUUUCUAAAAUGUGAUGAGUCAAAUGAAAUAAGGUUUUAUAAAGCAUUCUUGGUGACUGUUGUAUAAUAUAAUGAUUUUUGUUUUUAACUUUUAAUAAUGUUUAGCGUCGUUUGGGAGCACAAUAUCGUUUUGAUCGUUACCGCCAAAUGUUCUCUGGAUCAAAUAAAAAAACACGUUGUCCAACUAUGCAAAAGAUAACUAUUUGUUGAAUGAAACCCAUUUUAUGAGUAGAGUCUGCUCAUUGACACUGAACGUGAUAAAGUGUAGAUCGAACUCUUAUUACUAGCCCAGAAAGUAUUGACUGGCAUACAAUUUAUGUUACAGAUUCGAAAGUUGCUCUUGUCUACUCAUUGUUUUCUAACGGGACAUACGUUAUUUAUUAGUUGAUUAGGUUUUUAAUAAUAUUUGUGUUUCAGAAGCUUUUCUGGCUUACUGUGUGAACGUCUUGAAUGAAUAACAAACUCAUGAGAAGUAGUAUAUUGUGUCUCAUCCUGAUAAUUUGAGUGUAGUACCAAAGACAUAUACAUAUAUAAUGUUCUAUAAAAAAUAUUAUUUCAUUGUAUUUUAACGAAAAUAUAAAAGUAAUUGCUUUUUUAACUGCAUAGUUUAAAAUAUGGCAAUAAUAGAUUAUAAUGUAAGGAACCUCAAAAUCAUACUGUAUUAAAACACGUGACUUUAUUUUUCUCAAAGAUUAAUAGGACCACCUUAGAUUAGGUCUGUAUCUGGAAUAUUAUUAAAAUUCAAUAUUUAACAGUGUUACGAUAUAAACGAAAAAUAACGUAUCACGAAUGUACAGUUGUGUUGUCUUAAAACGCAUGUCACAAAAUUUUUGUUUUCAAAAUAAACGAUACAUAUAGUUCUAAUAGAAAAAAUGCUGUAUGAGUAAUAUACGAUUUCAUAAUUUAAUGCAGUAUAUAUAUGCAUACUGUUAUAUACACAUAUCGAAAAUACGGUGCAUGAAGGUACUGAAAGCAUCAAGAAUCAAAGUUUGCUGGGAUGAUUCUCAUGGUUGUUGCUUUUUUUUCUAUACUACACUGACGCUUAGGUCACAAAAUGCCUAUAUACAUAAUGGAUAAAAUUCAACGAAACUUGUAAAAAUAUUUUAAAAAUAUCAAUAUAGUCAACGAUCAACGUUGUGUGAUAUACAAUUAAAUUUUCAUUUCAAAAAUGAUCACUGGUCGUACAAAAGACAUUCUACAUGUUUCGAUGUCGUUCACGUCAUCUUCAGGAGUGUGAAAAACAAAUUCAGGGCAACAUAUAAAUAUCAAAAACUUCAUUCUUUCUUUAUUUGCGUGUGUGUAUGUUUUCUGUGCUAGAAUAAAUUUUAUUGAGACAGUACAAUGCAGUUAAUUUACAUUCAUUAAUUAACAUAACUAUCGUACUCAUAUUAAAGAGUUUAGGGUUGAAUGAUUAUAAAAUUUAUAUUUCAUACUAAGCAUCUAAUUGUUAAUCUUUGAAUGAUAUUAACUUUCCAUAAAUAAGGUAUUUACCAUCCAUAAAACUAAGAAACUAUAGUAUUCGUUCAACUUUGCAAGGAAUCACAAUAAUAUCAGAAUGGUGCAAAUUAUCAUACGUUAUGAGAGUAAUUUAAUACAUUUAUUCUUUUUUUCUGUUCAUGGUCUCUUGUUAGCCUGAACCAGUAUUUUAUAGCUCCUACCUCUUUUUGUCCUUGACUAACCCGAGGUAGGAUUUUAUAGCUUUUUUUAGUGUUUGAUCUCCUAAGCUAGUCUUCUGUGCCUCCUAUGUGUUUUUGGCAUCCUCAGUAGCGUGGACUAAUGUGUUACAGUUCCUAACUCUUCUUGUCCCUGGCUAACCUGAGGUAGAAUUUUAUAGCUUUUUUUCAGUUUUUGAUCUCCUGAGCUAGUCUUUUUGUAUUUUAGGCAUCUUCAAUAGCGUGGACUAAUGUGUUAUAUCUUCUGUCUCAUUUCAAUCAUCUAUUUAGCCUGAGCUGUUCCUUUAUGACUUCCGUCUCUUUUAAUAUCCUUCUUUAGCCUUAGCUUCUGGUUGUUCCCAGUUGCCUGUUUAAUCUGGGCUAGUCUAUUUGUUUUGAAGCUCCUCUUUAGCUUAGAUUAGUCUUUCGAAAUUCAUUACCUUCAGAUCUCAAGCAAUAACUUUGUUUGGCGUAACACAGUUUCGUUUUUUAAUUCAUGGAGUCAGCUUGAAAGUCUAAUACUUGAUUCUGUUGUUCAUUUUAACAUUUAACUAAAACAUAUUUUUCUUUGUCAUAUACAAAUAUUUGUUUUGCUAAGUGAAAUAAUCAGCAAGUAAAACAACGUAAACCCAAGAACUCCAUAUGUGGAAUGGACGUAGAUCCAAUAACUCCAUAUGUGGAAUGGACGUAAGCCCAAGAACUCCAUAUGUGGAAUGGACGUAGAUCCAAUAACUCCAUAUGUGGAAUGGACGUAAAUCCAAGAACUCCAUAUGUGGAAUGGGCGAAAUUGUUGUUGCUGUUUGUUAUUAAGGACAAAGCUACACAAAGGGCUAUCUGUGCUCUGCCCACCACCGGUAUCGAAACCCGGCUUUUAGCAAUAUAAGUCCGCAGACAUACAACUGUGCUAUUGAAGGGAGGAGGCAGGUGAAAUUACACAUUAAUAUUAUGUAUGGAAAUUCUUUCUUCUAUAGGUCAGCUAACAGAGAAAAUUAAAAGUAUAUAAUAUGUGAGUAAAUAAACUAAACUUGUAAGAAAUUUUAGGUAUGUUUGGAUAAUUUUGCAUUUAAUGUCUUAAAUACUUAGCUAAAGGGAGUGCACUUUUUUA